GGCAAUUGCAGCCGGAUACAUCCCUGCUGCUGAGUCCUGCACAUUUGUUACAAAUUUUGUAACAUUUUGGGCUUAUCUAAAGAGCCAACAGCUAGAGUCAGAGGGGCAUGUGACAGUCCAUGUGGUGUGGGAGAGAAGCCCGCUUCUCCCUGCCUGGUCAUGUGUAAGAGGAGCACAGUAUUAAACAGAUCCUGGGAAUUUCUGGAGUUAAUUUGUCUUUACCAAUUUCAUAACUUCUGAGUGCAUGAGGUCUGAAUUUUCAGUAUGGUGGCAUUUGUGGUAAUUGAAAGGGUCUCAGAAGUGAGGAUCGAAAGUGGCAUUGCACUGUGUAGGAUUUUGUGCAAUGUAGUGGGCUGGUCCAGACCUCUCCCAAAAAGCAAGGAAGAAAAGUCCCAGUGCUGUCUUCAGACCUGCAGCUUGACUGUGUCCCAGACUAUCCUUCUUCUGCACGCUUGGAAGAGGGUUUGAAGUUGCUGGGGUUGUUGCUGUGUGUCCAGCUGCUGUUCACGACACAGCUCUGGCAGAGCACAAACCCGUUGGACAUCCAUCCAUGCUGCAGGGAGUGUGCAGCCUCCCAUGGGUCUCAUGGAGACUGCAGUGGGCUCUGGUAGCUGGAGACGGCUGGUGGUGAUGGGAGCCUGUGGUGAUGGUUUGCAAAGCGUUUACCUGGUUCCUCCUGCUGCUUGCCAGAGCUUCUCCCUUGAGGAGGAUGACUUGAACUUAACAUCACUGGAUGCAGAAACCAUCUUGGAGGCUGAAGAGAUCCUGGGGACGAUGCAGAACUACCUCGACUCCUCUGUGAUCUCCAUCAUUGAGGACCUCUCCCUCAAUGAGCAGAACAAGGCCUGCCUGGAUGCGCAGAAUGAGCUGUCCCUGCUGACUGCCAUCACGGAGAUCCUGGACAGCACGGAUGAUGAGACCUUGUCCCCCUUUGACACCGUCGUGGAUGCGGAGCUGCUGACCUCGCCUCGGGAGCGGGAGAAUCCCUCAUUUCAGAAGUUUCUCAGCUUAUCCCGGCCGUCCUUUGAGCGCGAGAGCCCUGCCCUGGAGCAGCCCAAGGGUCUCUGGCCUCUGAGCAGCAGCAGCAGCAGCAUCUCUGUCGUUGGGAAGACCGACAAAGACCUGAUUUGGGACCGUGCUGCUCACAGUCUUGAGGACCCAGCACCACCGAAGAAGCAAGUGUGCAGCACCCCAAGGGUAGAGAGGAAGCUGGGCCGACACCGGGCCCAAGAGCAGCCCCUGCUGCAGCGCAGUGAUGGGGAGGAAGAGGAGGAGGAGGCUGCUUUGAGCCCAGAGCUAGGCAGCGGUGUAGAGGCUGCGGAGUUCUGUGUGAGUGGGACUGGAGUGGCAUUGGAGGAGCGUGAAGACCCCUGUAUCAUCAACACAGGUGAUGUGUCCCUGAGUGAGCUGGUGAAGUCCAUGCACCCCUACUGCCUACCCACCUUCACUGUGUGCCUGGAUCCUGAUAAUGAGCCCGUGGCCAAGGAGCUCUUGAAUGGUCCCGUCUUGUUGGAAAUUGUGCCUGGUGAGGGAGAGAGCAUGGAGAUCCCUGUGGUCUUGCAGCCGUUGGCCCCUACCUUCCCUGGCCUGGAAACACAGCUCCUAGAAGCAGAGGAGGGUGCUGAGGAGUCGAUUCUGGAGGAUCACAAGGGGCUGCAGGGAGCCCCUGCCCAGGAAAACAAGUUGGAGGAGGUGGAGAAGAGGCCACUUGAGAAGGAACCCUCCUCCACAGUUCCGGAGAGCAAGUCCCCACCUGAGACAACAGCACCUGGAGCCUAUCGUCCAGUGAGCAGCUCUCAGUGCAGCACGGAGGCCCUGGCUGGUGGGAAGCGUGAGAGCUCUGAGAAGGGCCGCGGGCGCGAGAGAGCAAGGAAGAGUCGGAAAAAGAAAGCAGAGGAAGCCCAAAGUGAACAGGCCAGGCCAGGCAGGGACUGCGUGGCCCACCGGCUCCGCUCAGCCAGCUCCACACGGCCUCAGGCCCUGGGUCAAGCGCCCGCCAGCCAGCGCCGGGCAGCGCGACCCUCCGUCCAGGUGUCGGACUUCCUGGCCAAGCAGCUGGAACAAGCCAGGAAGGAGGGACAGAUGGAGCUGCAUGCUGACCGGGCCCCCCGGCCCCGGGGCAGACCCCGGAGCACAGCGGGGACCUCCCUACUUAAAAAGGAGCACCUGGAGCCUCAAAAAGACCCGGAGCCAAAAACAGUGGGUGCGGCCUUGGCUGCAGAGAAGGCUGGGAUUGUGGUGCUUUUGGAGAAGACUGCACCAAGCACGGAGGAGCUGCUGGCAGUGGUGCAGCCCAGCCCAGUAGAGCAGGAUGAGGCCAAGGAGGGGACACAACUGCCUGUCAGUCAAGACAGCAGGAACUCGGAGGCUGCCUCUCUGCUCCCCAGCGGGGAGCAGGGUGUGGGGAUGGAGCCGCCGCAGAGCCUGCAGGCGGCAGAGCUGGCCGAGGGCCUGCCCAGGGAAGCCAAGCCCAAGGCCCUGAGCCUGCGAGAGUACCGCAUGCGCAUGCUGCACCGGCAGCCUGGCCCAGGCAGCAGGAAGGACAGCAAGAAGCAGGUGGCCAGCAAGUGGCCCAGCAUCCCAGAGCCACCGACUGAGCUGGCAGAGAUCCCCUGCUUGGUAUCGCCCGUGCGCCCAGCCACUGAGACAGCCAGCGCCCAGAAGAGCCCAGAGAAACCUGCCAGCCCUGUUGCUGUCUCUUCUGCCAGCAAAGCUCCCACCACUUUGGCUCCAGCUCCGGCACCCCCUGCUGCUCCACUGCCCUCUGCAACACCGAUGCCUUUUGUUGCACCAAACGUGCCCCCAGCUGCGGGGACGGCCCCCACGGGGAUGCCGCCAGCCUCUGCCGGUGCUUACGCCCUUUACCCAUCAGUGCCUUCCUGGCCCAGCUUUGGCCCGCAGCCCGUGGGCUGCCAUGGUUUGCCCCCGCCGCCCAACACCGGCUCACCCAAUGCUUUUCACAUGGUGCCUGGCCUCCCGCCUCCAGCCAUGGCCUGGCCUCCGCCUGCCAUGCCGCCCCCACCUCCCUUUGGCCCUGGCACCCCCUAUGCCCCAGUAGGGUGGGCCCCGCCGUCCUACUGGCCGGGAAUCCCCCUGCCACCGCUGGUGCCUCCCCUGGCGUACGGAGACCCCGGAGCUGCCGUGCAGGGUGCUGCGGCUGCCGCCUUCCCGGCUGGCAGCCAGCCCGGCACAGCCCUGCUGCACGGGCAGCCUUCCCCGGCCCCCGCGCCAGGCUGCCCGGAGCCGCCCGCCUUCCUGGCGCAGUCGCCCGCGGCCCCCGCCGGUGAGGUGGGGGUCGCAGCUGGUCAGGCCAGGCCGACUGCCAGCAGGGUGUCUGACCCCAGGCGGCAGGCACGGCUGGCAGGGGAGACCCCCCUGCCCAAAGUCUCUCCAGGACCUGCCCCUGCCCAGUCCCUGGCAGCCCCUACCCAGCCCAGCAGGGUCCCUCUUGCAUCUCCAGCCCAGCAGGCAGCAGCCCCCUCGGCUGCCUCCACCCAGCCCCUGGAGGAGCCCCCAGUUUUGGCCUCCACCCAGCUCACGAAGGCCCCCCCAGCAGUCAUCUCUAGCCCUACCGAAGUGUCCCCUGCUGUUGUUCCUGUUGGGGAGUCUCCUGUCACCCACCCCAUGGAGGAGGCUGCAGGGCCAGGCAAGGGGGCAGAGGAGAAGAUCUUGCUGGAGACGAAGACAGCUGCCCAGCAGGAGCCCCCCAGCCACAAGCCCAUCUCCCAGGCCACUGCGGCACCUCUAAAAGCAGGACGAGAGAGCAGCCUGUCUGCCAGGGCACCUCCCGCACGGCCGUGGAGACAUCAGCCGCUCGUCAGCCUCGUGCAGCCCAGUGACAGCAGCAAGGAUAUCGUGCAAGCUUUCAUCAGUGAGAUCGGCAUCGAAGCCACUGACCUGUCCAGCCUGCUGGAGCAGUUUGAGAAGUCUGAAGCCAAGAAGGAGGAGGCUCCCGUGCAGCCCUCUGAGGACAGGCGGCAGGUGGCAAGCUCUGGAUCCGAGAACCAGCAGGACAGGAAGCCCCCAGACAGCCUACAGGCCUCUGAGCUGGCCAACGUGGCAGGCCUCACCCCGCCAGCAACGCCUCCCCACCAGCUCUGGAAGCCGUUGCCUGCUGUCUCACUGCUGGCCAAGACCAAAUCGCCUGGGUCGGGGCCCCAGGAAGGGACCCAGAAGACCACCAAGCUCACAAAAGCCAAACAGCUGCCCCAGAGCAAGCUCCAAGGGAAGAGCCCAGUGCCUGCUCCACCUGGCUCAGCCCCGAGCCACGUGUGCUUGGGAGACCACGAUUACUGCAUCCCGGGUACGGCACGGCUGGAGAACAGCACCGGCACGCAGCCCCCGGCCGAGAGCGGCUCCCGCUGGAACGUCAAACACCACCGGGACAUCACUAUCAAACCCAUCUCCUCCUUAACUAAACGGACGCUGGACCAGCCCAAGCCCACCCUGCCAACCCCCACCACCGCUGUGGGGUCCAGCCAGGAGCCCCUGGGGAAGGCCUGCCUAGCCCCCCUGGAUUAUCGGACUAGCAUCCCCAGCAAGGCCAUCGCAGGGUGCAGCAGCCCACCAACCUCGGUGCUCCUAUCUCCAGCCGCAUCCCCCUGUCGGGACCAGGAAAUGCGGACUGCCAGUGCCCAGCCCAGCCGUGCUGCUGCCAAGAGGUCCCUGCGCUGCUACCGGAGACCCCGGGACUCGCCCAGCCCUUCUACUGGCAGCUGGAGGGCUGGCAGGAGCCGUGCCAGCCGCUCUUUCAGCUCCAGUUCGGAUGGAGCUAGCGAGUCCUCAUCUUCGUCUUCAUCCUCAUCUUCCCGAUCCCGGUCAAGGUCGUUCUCCCCACCACCCAAGAGGUGGAGAAGAUACCGCUCAAGAUGCUCCCACAGCUCCUCCUCCCGCUCCAGCUGUGGGUCAUGUGGCAGAUCCCGAGACAGGUCCUCAUCCUCGUCAUCCUCUUCCUCCUACUCAUCCAGAUCCACAUCCCGCAGUCGGUCCCGGUCCCGCUCCCCCUCUCCACGUAGGAGGAGUAACAGGCGGAGAAGAUACAGUUACGAUGCGCAGGACCACUACCAAAGGCAGAGGAUCAUCCAGAAGGAACGUGCAAUAGAGGAGCGGCGAGUUGUGUUCAUUGGCAAGAUCCCCAGCAGGAUGACGCGCUCGGAGCUGCGGCACCGCUUCUCCGUGUUUGGGGACAUCGAGGAGUGCACCCUGCACUUCCGCUCUGAGGGGGACAACUAUGGCUUUGUUACCUACCGCUAUGCUGAGGAGGCCUUUGCUGCCAUUGAGAGUGGGCACAAGCUGCGGCGUCCAGAUGAGCAGCCAUUUGACCUGUGCUUUGGCGGCCGCCGGCAGUUCUGCAGGAGGAACUAUGCCGACCUGGACUCAAACCGGGAGGAUUUCGAUCCAGCCCCCGUCAAAAGUAAGUUCGACUCCCUGGACUUCGACACGCUGCUGCGGCAGGCACAGCGCAGCCUACGGAGGUAGCGGCAGGCAAGGCGGAGCGCCCGCCCCUGCUUUUGUACUGAAAUACAAAAGACAAAAAAGUACGGAGAGAGAGAUGGGUUUUUAAGAAAAAGAAAAAGGAAAAAAAUUUGUUUUAUAACCAAUAUUUAAGGAGGAUGGGUCAUUUCCCUUUGACGGGAGGGGCCCAGGCGAGUGGCAGCCCCAGGCUUGCCACAGCCCUGUAAUAAAUGUGGAUGCCCAAACACCA